CCAAUUCUCCGGCUGAGCUUCUGGGGUGUUGGUUGCACGAUCGAUAGUGAGUUUGAAAAAUGGCGAGGCCUUUUAGAGUCAACUGGGGGAACAAAAAGCGGAAGGAGAAGUAUGAUGAGCUGCCAAUCAUCUGUCUUUCUUAUUUUCCCCCUUCUCCAUCAGUUUUAUCCAUUACCUAUCUGAUUUUGAAUUCAGAUGAUCAUACCAACUUUUUGAAGAGGAAUGGUAGAAAUCCAGCUGAUUAUAGACCCGACAUCGUUCACCAGGCUCUUUUAUUGAUCCUAGACAGCCCACUUAAUAAGGCAGGAAAGGUUCGUGCUGUCUAUGUGAGGACUAAAAAGGGUGUGCUCUUUGAAGUCAAGCCUCAUGGCCGUAUCCCCAGGACAUAUAAGUGCUUCGCAGGCAUAAUGUAUGCAAAGGGCCCUGGAGGAGUUGGACAAGAGGCGGCAACACUGGAGAUCAAAGAAGAAAUGGGCAAAGAUGGAGGUAGAGAUGGAGGCGACGUGUCGAAGGCGACAACGGCAAUGUUAAGUGAUCCGACAGAAAUUUUUGAUACCAAAGUGAGCGUUGUACAUAACUUAUGA